AUGGACAGCCCUUCUCAUCACGGCAAAAGCCUUCCCCGCGAAACAACCAGCGAGGGACAACCACUGGUACCAGCAACAGCAACCCCUGCACCACCCGCCGUGACCGAAGCCCCUCUGCUCCGCUGCACGGAUGGCUCAACGGUCCUGCACACAACGGACUGCACGUUGGGGACUCCAGUCGCAUAUUGCCACAAGCCCAAGCCCCCGAUUAAGUGUGAAGAAGGCUUCUUUCCGUCUGUCUGGCAUCCAGAUCAUUGCGGAGAGGAACAGACUUGUUUCCCACUUGACGCGGAUUGGAUCACGACUGAGUGCUCGAACGGUGCUUUUCCGUUUACCACGACGACGCUUUAUGAGGGGACGUUGGCUGAUGGGGAGUGGACGGCUGUUAGCGUCGUCUCCUGUGCAUGUGCGACAGACCAAUGGUAUAGUAUGACCAUGCUGGACGGCCGGUCAAACUUAGAAACAUUCUGUAUGCCGUACCGGUCGUGUCCGCCCGGCAUGACGACCUCUGUUAGCAUGAACCAGUACUGUGCCACGGCCACUGGAACUGGUAAAGAGGAUGUCUGCGCGGAUAUCCAGACCAAGACGGAGUAUUGUGAGUGUGCGAAUCCGAUGCAGACUCCUGUGUAUGCGGAUGAUCCGGGUGAGGGGGCUAUUGGGUGUGAAUGA